CUCCGGACACGUGGUGGCGCUGUGGACAGUCUCCCUUCUCGCUUCCGUCGCUCGUCAGGUCGCGGCUGUCAUGGCGGCGUGCAGGGCGCUCGUGAGUCGCGCUGUUUUACCUCUGCAUUACCAUCAUGUGUGCAGAGGAGUGAUGCUCACACACAUCAGAGAGAAGAAGAGAUGGAUGAAGGCUUACACACUCAUCAUGGAGAGGAAGAGAAAGAUGGAGGGACCUCCACCUCCAAAGCCACGCUCCCAGCAGCCAAACUUUGAUUACCAUGCUGAAGUGGAGGCUUUCAGUGCCCGACUGCAGGAGAGUUUCUCUCUGGAGCUUCUGAAGACGGCGUUUGUGAACGUGUGUUACCUGCGAUCUGAGGAGGAGAGGAGGCGAGCGCUGGGCCUUGAUUUGGAGACGACCACCCUCAACCUGAAAGACAACGGCGAGCUGUGUGUGCACGGUCAACAGUUCACAAAGGCUUUCCUCAGUGACUGGUGCAGGGGCAGCUUUCCCAGCCUGCCUCAGGAGGGUGUGGCAGCCAUUGUAGGGCACCUGACAGGGUCAGAGGUCAUGUGUCACGUCGCACGAAACCUCGCAGUAGAGGAUUUGACGAUGAGUGCAGAGUUUCCUGUUCCAGAUGAAAUCCUGCAAGGGACGUUCUUUGCUGUGAUUGGUGCUCUGGAGCAGAGCAGUGGGUCUGUGCGAGCCGGGCUUUUCAUCAGAGAUUUCCUGGUGACUCAGCUAAUAGUGAAAGAUCUGUUUGACAUGUGGAAAGUGGUUGAUCCCAUGGGGCUGCUGGUUAAAGAGUUGACCUGUAAAGGUAUAGCUCUACCCGAGCCCCGCCUCAUCCGGUCUGCCGGCGCCAGUACUGUCCUCCCUCUCUAUUUCGUCGGGCUUUACAGUGACCGUAAGCUGCUGGCUCAGGGUCCAGGCGAGACUGUCCUGGCAGCUGAAGAGGAGGCAGCACGCGUGGCUCUGAGGAAACUCUACGGCUUCACCGAGAACCGCAGACCAUGGGACUACACUGCCCCCCAUGAGCAGCUUCAGAAGCCCAGCGCACAGGCUCUCACCAGCGAAUAAAUGACACCGACUACAAGAGACAAUGCUUUGUACUGAAGCUUAAAGAGCAGAUUCCAGUGGGACACUUUUUGAAGAUCCGACAUUCAUCAUCAUCUGCUUUAUCAUAGCUAUAUAUAGAGUGAAACUCGAUUUCUUUUGCUAUAAUGUGGCUGUGGAGUUACUGGAGUCCAAAUCAAUAUGCCAGAAAAGACUGAAACUCUUGAUGUACCACAGACUAUGGCAAUUAAAAACUUCAUAUACAUCUACCUUGAGAGCAUUCUUAUGCUCUGCAGGUGCAAGUUCUUUUGAUGUGUCGCUACAUAUAAAUUGAUGUACAUAAAUGUUAAGUUUGGUUGCUAAUAAAAAAUUGUGAACAA